GUCUGUCUCCUGGGGUAAGCAGCUAACGACGAAUAUCACUGACUGAACUAGCGACAGACGACUGCCAGUCCAGGAUACACAAUUUGACAGAAGUCUUACAUCUAAUGGACAUAUAUGCUGAGUGACCCAGCUGAAUGAGGAGCUUGUUCGGCCGACAUGACCAGUCACUUGUAAGCAAAACUCAACCCCUUACCCAGCGACUUCAAGGGUCAACAACUUGCAAUAACACAGCCGUGCAAUAUGGAUUCUGGAGCGGAGGUAAUUCCCAUUUGGCAGAAUAAGCCCCACGGGUCAACUAGGAGUGUGGUCAGGAGAAUUGGCUCCACUUUACCACUCAAACCAUGCCAACGUGCCACGUUUCAGGAGCUUCCAGGUCUGCCCAUGAGGCCCUUGGAUGGCCCCAUGGUCCCCACUCUAGCUGACAUUGCGUGGAUAGUAGCUGAUGAGGAGGAGACCUAUGCAAGAGUACGGAGCGACGCACGUCCUCUGCGGCACGAAUGGAGACCCACGCCUCUCUUGGUGCUGCACAGAAACUCCUCCGUGCCCAACUUUCGCCCGACGGGCAAGCGCAUGGAGGGUCUGAGGAAGCCGGGAGUGACCGCCCUCAAUCGCACCACUGCACUACAGGAUGAGCUCAGCAAGCUGCGGUCACAGAUCGCCAAAAUAGUGGCUGCUGGAUCAGACUCGAAUCCAAUAACCCCCGACCUCCUCUCCCCCGACGACACGAGUGUGGGAUUCUCCAUGGCCCCCUUCGAGACAGCCGCCUACCAGCCCAACCCCACCGCCUCCUUUGUCAUCAGCGACGUCACGGAGGAGGAGGAAGAAGAGGAUGAGGAGGAGGAGGAGGAAGAAGAAACGGAGCAGGAAGAGGAGGAGGUGUCCGAGCUCAUGCCGGAUCCCAUGCCUCCCCACAUCUCUAUGACUGCCUCGGCAACCUUCGACCUGGACCGUCCCAGCAUGGACUUCCGGGAAGCGGAGGAGGACACAGUGUCCCUGUCCAAGUCCACCAGCUUCGCCGACGUCCGGGACAUCCUGAAGGACAUGAACCGCAUGAAGAUGAGCAAGGACAGGUACAAUUUCAAUCGGGGAUGUACUUCGCUAAUGGAGGAGGACUCCGCCUCUCUAAUCUCAGAGGUGCUGAGGAAGAAGUUUGUCCUGAAGGAUGAGGACACUGCUCCAAUGAAGUAGGCUGGCGACCCUGCUCCAGAUCACCCCUCCACGCCUGUGCCUGUUGAACUGCGUUCCCAUAAGAAACCCAAUAACUCGACUGACAGCUUCUUUGACCGUGGCCUUCCCCUCUCUCCCAACCAUCCCAAAGCCCCGUAGGAUGAUGCCACACUGGACCUAAAGAGGACUAGGGACACUCUACAUCCUCUACCAACUCUACAUUGCCUCCAAUUUGCGAGUCAGCCUCUGAAAGUGGGGACAUCCCACUUUAAACCAGUCCCUUCAGUGUGUUUUUCAGUCUUUUGGACCCAUCAUGGACCUAUCAUGGUCGUCAUCCUCCUCCAUAGACAUGUGUCUUGCGCUGCAGAUUUGCUGCGAUCGCUGCCUCUGGAUGCAGGUUCUCCCUCUUCAGCACUGGCAUGGUGGUCUGGACAGACCCCGGUUGAACCAACGCUCUCUGAAAAAAUGACUGAUGCCUGGAUGAACUUUUUUUUCCCCUCCUAUUGUUGUUGCUUAUCCAAGAAUGGAUUGAGUUUCCCCCCCUUUAUUUGCCUCUAGUUAAUUUUAUUGGUUGAGAGAUCCUUUAAAAAACACACACACAGUCUCACGCGUACUUGAAACUGUAUAUAGAAUCUACAACUUGUAUAGUUUAGUCACAGUUGAGUGCUAUGAUGCAGCUGUGCACAUUCACUUUGUUGCACUUCAGACGUAAUAAUUUAAGUCAGCAGAAUGCAGGAGAUGCAUUUUAAUACAAUGUGCAAUUUCUUACCCCACACAUAGGAAGGUUUCUGUAGUAUUCUGUUAUUUUUCAAGGCUGAGAAUUCACCCUUUUGACAUUUCAAGCAUUUGCUGCCUAAGAGGACUCCAAUAACAAUGUUUUCAACAGGGCAUCAGUUUAAAUGCGAUCCAUAUCGUUGCUGUGGCGAUUGCAAGUGUUGUUUUUGUUUGUUGUGUGAUUUAUUAUUUUCCUCUCCUUUUUUUGGAUUUAGUCUCGUCUGGGGUUUUUGAGUUGUGCAGAUGAUGUAUGUAUAUACAUAGAUACACACCUGGGUUAAAGACGUCCAGCAUGAAAUUGUCCUUCAGUGAUAACGGAUACUUUUGCUUACUGUAACUGUAAAAAACACGAUUUCAAUUGUUUCUCAAGUGAAUGCAUGAUAGCCAAGCCAAAAAAAUAAUUUAAAAAAUAUAUGUUUUUUGCAUUUACAGUAAGCAAAAGUAUCCUUUGCACUGAAGGACAAUUUCAUUGUGGACGUCUUUGACCCAUCUACUGUAAAAAGUGAAUGAUGUGUUUGUUUAUUUUUAACGAGUGCUGCUGUCAUGCUACCUGUGUUAGUCAGCCCAAGGGAUUCUAUUUGUCAAGAAUGUGGAGAUUUCCUUUUCUUGUGGUUUUGUUUGUAGGCAAAACUGCAUGUGUGUGCCAUGACUUUUAAGAUGGGGAAAAAAAACAUGUUGAGAGAAUGAAGUGAA